UCAUUAUUCAUUAGGAUGUUCUUCCUCUUUCAAGUCUGGACAGCUAAGGACCAGCCCUCCUUCCUCACUAUCCCAGCACCUGCCUGUCACUGCAUCCACCUUCUCAUCAGGCUAGAGGGGUUUAAACACGCUGUCUCGGGUCACCAGAAGGGACCCAAAUCACCAUCUCUGGAGGUAUUGGGGUUUGAGAUCGACGCAGUGAACUCUGUCCAGUUUUCAAACCACACAGGCUAUGCACACUGGAAGGGUCAGGUGCUGAACUCAGAUGAACUCCAGGAGCUGUACGAUGGUCUGAAGCUGAACGACGUGAACAAAUAUGACUACGUGCUCACGGGUUACAUGAGGGACAAGUCCUUCCUGGCCAUGGUGGUGGACAUCGUGCGGGAGCUGAAGCACCAGAACCCCAGGCUCGUGUAUGUGUGCGAUCCAGUGAUGGGUGACAAGCGGGAUGGUGAAGGCUCCAUGUACGUUCCAGAGGAUCUCCUUCCAGUUUACAGAGAAAAGGUUGUGCCGGUGGCGGACAUUAUAACCCCCAACCAGUUUGAGGCCGAGUUACUGAGUGGCAGAAAGAUCCACAGCCAGGAGGAGGCGUUAGCGGUCAUGGACAUGCUGCACUCAAUGGGCCCCGACACGGUGGUCAUCACCAGCUCCGACCUGCCCUCCCCUCGGGGCCCCGACUACCUGAUCGCGCUGGGGAGCCAGAGGAUGCGGAAGCCCGACGGUGCCGUGGUGAUGGAGCACAUCCGCAUGGAGAUGCACAAGGUGGACGCAGUCUUCGUGGGCACUGGGGACCUCUUCGCCGCCAUGCUCCUGGCGUGGACACACAAGCACCCCAAUGAUCUCAAGGUGGCCUGUGAGAAGACUGUGUCGGCCAUGCACCAUGUUCUGCAGCGCACCAUCAAAUAUGCUAAAGGCCAGGCUGGGGAAGGACAGAAGCCCAGCAUGGCCCAGCUGGAGCUGAGGAUGGUCCAGAGCAAAAAGGACAUCGAGAACCCGGAGAUCGUGGUCCAGGCCACGGUGCUGUGAGGCGGCAUGCCUCCGCCUCCCGACGCACGGCCUGUUGGUGUCUCCAUUUCAUUCCUGUGAAAAAUGUAACGUCUGCCUUAGAGCUGUGAUCGAAACUUGAUAUUUUUUUCUCUCAUGAGUGUCCAGCAUCAACUGGUCUUAAUUGUGAAAGUGUGCCAGUCAUGCUUUUUAAAAAUAACAAAGCGAUCACUGAAAUGUCUAGUUUGGAAACCCAGCUCCCCUCCCCCCGAAGGCCCCUGGGCCUCCCUAGAAAACCAGCUCCGUGUUGACUGUUUCGGGGGUGUCCUCCUUGGGCCUCCCCGGCUGGUUCAGGGGUCCGUGGGAUCCCCGCCCCAUGUGGGCUGGGCCUGGGGAAGCCCCCGUGUCUGUGCGUCUCUGAGACCAAGUCGGGUUUUAACGGUCCACAUUGGAGGAAUUAUGCCAAAUAUCUUUAUUGUCUUCUGCCCUUAUCUUCUUUGUUCCUGCAUCAGAAUUUUUGUUUCUGACUUUGCCACCCAUUAGAUCCCUGGGAAUUUCAGAUUUUCCGUCCUCUGUUCCACCUUAUGGACAGGUCAGUGUUAGCUGGCUCAGACACGCACAGGCCCUGCACUGUCACUUUGAUGGGGACCUUUCCGGGACCCCAAAAAUUCAAGUGGGUCUGCAAAUCUCACGUGUAUCAGGGGGACCACCUUAUGACUCACAAGUGUCUCUAGGGACCUGCUGGGAGAUGUAACAGAGAUAAAGGAAGGUCUGGUGCUUGGGGGGAGAUGGCCGUGUCAGGUUCCUUGUGGAACUUACCUAGCUUGUGGUACGACAGGUUAAGUACUGUGUGUUUGCCACCUGCUGCUGGUGAAAAAUGGAUUGUGCCACAGUGUUCAUGUACAGACAGGUACAGGGGGCUCCUGCCCCCGCAUGUUUCACCCCAGUGGCCAGUGACCCACCCCGUUCUGCAUUCUGUGCCAGCCAGAUUCCAGGAAGCGAGAGGCUUGCCCAAGCAAGCUCUCUGCCCCUCUCUAAAGCGGGGAGCAGGAGCGGGCAGAGCUUCAGAGGAGCAGCUCUCAGGUGCCUCUAGCGAAGGCCGCAGCUAGGCCCUGACUCUAGUCCAGUCGUCCAUUGCCAGGGUGCCCCUCCUGAAGACGCGGCCUGCCUUGAUCUCAGCACCCACCCCCCCAUCCCCGUUCCCCGCUCUGGCGGGUGCAGAGGUUUGCAUCUCCCGGGAGCCCACAGCCUGGAGAGAAGUGGGGAGACUGCAGGAUGUGGGGGGCCCGGAUGUGGGCCCCUGGGAAAACACACUCCAAGGACGGCCUUUGUCCCCCACCCACGGCUCUGUGCCUACAGGCAGGCCGUCUCUUGGAGCCUGCACCCUCUUCUGGGGCAGUUCCAGUGUUUUCCAGAGGACUCUCACCUCUAUGCUAGUGUACUCUUCACUGUUGGAAAUGCCCUAAAGAGAAGAGAUGCCCGUCUCUGUGGACUUGCUGCACCCUUCCACUUUCCUCUCCUCCCUGCUCUGCUCAUGUUCUAAAUGUCCUCACUCUCAGGCAUCCAUGUUCCCUGGGGCCUGUGCAUGGGUCAGGGGUUCCCGGCUCCCCACGGUGGCCAGCAGGCCCAGGCAUCGGUGUCCCUGUCCUGUUUCCUGGUUCCGAGGACCAGGCUCCUCUGAGCCCUGGGGCACGGCCCCCUGGACCAGCAGGAGGAGGAAGGCUGUGUCCGGCAGCCUGUUGGGGGCGGCCUUUCCAACACAGGGAGUGUGGGGACAGCCACAGUCACCCAGGGCCCUGGGCCUCUGCGGCACCUUCCACGGAAAAUCUCGUCACUGCUAAGCAGAGCUGGGGAGACGGCCACACUGCCAACCAACGGGAAAAGCUUUUCUCUUUUAAUAUCAAGAGCAAGUAUAAGACUGGGGAAAGAACCUAAAUGUAUCUCUCUUCUAUGAGAUGGUGAAGACCCACCCUGAGAAUAUGGUACUGGGCGUAGGGGCUUAUUCUGUGUAUACAGUGACCUUGAAGGGAAGUGCACUCUGAAAACACUAUUUUCUUCUUGGUUCUUUAAGUUUUAUUUCAGAGGCUUAGCCCCCACACUAGGUUUAAUUCCUUUACUUCCCUAUAUUACACAUAGAGUGAUGAGAAUUGUUCCACCUGUAGAGCUUCCUGUAAAAUCGUGAACUCUGGCGUGACCCGAGACAUUCUCCUGUCUCCUUUGGCUGUAAGGGCUGGACGGACCACGAGGAGAAGUUGAGGCUUGAGCCCUCCAUACUGAGCAUAGAAAAUGGGGGGUCCUGAGAGCUGUUGCAGAGAGUGGGAUGCAUGUAGAAAUAACAUGAGCUUCUGCGGGAAACUGUGUAGGGGCAAAGUGUCCCUUUCAUCCUGCUGGUGCAGAUCCUGUGCUGUCUUAGGUCAUUUCUGGGUGAACGUAUUUCGACUGUCACAACAGCAGAGGCCCUGCGUUGUCUAUGUGUAGAGUUUCCCAUCCAGAAAUUAAGCAGGGUCAUUGGCUUGGUUCUUGAUACAGGUUGGGUCCAAAUUAGAAUUCAUCUUUGUUCUUCCUUCCCAUAGUCGAGUAACAUGCAAAAUAAUAAUAUUUAUUUUAAGAUGAGAGAUGUCUCGGUCCUGAAUCACCUGCUGAUGACCAGAGUACAGAUUUCAGUACUUUCUAGUUUCUCAAACCUUUUCCCAUAGACCUUAAAGAUGAAUUACAGCAUAUGAUCCUUUUCUUUUAACCAGUCUUAAAUCAUUGCCUCAGCUGCGAAGGUCGUCAUGUUCUUCUGCGUUCUUUUGCAAUACAUGUCAGUGAUGGUAAAAAGGAAGCCUUGUUUGUUGUUUGUUCUUAAACAUGUUGGAACCAAUUUGUAGAAUGUUGAUCAGUGUCACAAUGGACCGAGCCUGGCUUGGCGUGACUGCACUGGUGAGUCAGUGGAGGAGGUGUUCAGUGCUGAGAGCGCGCUGUCUGCACCGUCAUGCUGUGUGUUGGAGCCGCAGGCUCCUGUGGAGAUAAAGCAGGGUGAGUCUUCUGCUCUAGGGAGGAGCCAGGCGGACAGGGCCCUGGGAUGAAGGGAUGUCCCCAGCCCUGAGUCCAGCUCAUUGCUUGAACCUCAUGUCCACUCCUCAGUUGAAAUGUACAAAAGUGGAGGUGAGAGUAUUGUGGCCGCUGGGCCUCCAUGGCACACACGCCCUCGCCUUGUCUUUCCCCCUUUGAUGGGGCCACCUGCCUGGGGCAUCAGGGACCGUAUCAGUGUGAAUCUGAGGUGCCCUGUGACCACGUGACUGUAUUCUGGUGCCAGAGUAGCCAGAAAUCCAUGUCCUCUGCCACCCAGCUGGUCUUGUGAGUCUCUCUCAUGUCCAUGUCCCUGUGGGGUGGGGUCCGCUCAGCACCUGCCUGGGCCGAAGGAGGGGAGUGGAGUUUGUGAGUGAGCAGAGUGGAUCAUGUACAGGCAGGGACGCUGUGAGCAUGGUCUUGGCUCUCUGAGUCUGGGCAGGAGCCACAUGGCCUCCAGACUCAACUCUGCCUGUCUGAGGGGCACGGCUGCUGAGCCUACCCCUUCUCAUUCUGUGCCACCUCCCGCUGCCAGGCUGCAGGGGGCUUCCCUUCUCAUCACUCCGUGUGGCUCUUUGCAUUAAGACUUCCCUGGAGAGCCAGCUCCUGUGUCCCUGGAGGGGGCACUUAGAAGGACCCCAAUCCCUGGGGAGGGCAGCUCUAGGAGGCCAGGAAGCCUUGAACUUGGGCCCAGUUGGUCUGGAUGGACCUCAUUCCUCCAGGAGACCCUCCUACUCUCUCCAGUUCUGCCCACAGGCGCUGGUGAGGCCCGUCCCUCGAAGCACAGUGAUUGAGCCCCCACACAUGCGGAGCUGUGUGCAGAGCUGGCAUGUGUGUGUCUGUGCUGUGGUCGCUUUGUGACAGGUGCAGAAUCAGGGGGCUGGAGGGUCUUCCUCAGCUUCUGCCAGCAGGGGUCAGCGAGGGCAGAAGGCGGGCAGUGGUGGGCAGGGGACGCCAGCCCCCACCUGGUAGAUUGCAGACACCAGCCGCCCUUCUAGGAGGCAUUUCUUCGGGUGUAUAAGUCUCUGUCCCGUGAUGAGAACCAGGCUUUGUAGUCUGUGCUGCACUGCACAGGGGUUGGGGGCCCUGGGUGUGUCCUGCCUCCCAGCAGAGCUCCAGAGGCUUGUCCUAGCAUCACCGCUGUCUGGAAGCCUCUGCCUGGGCAUGCUGCCAUGCAGCUGGGCCUCAUAGUUCCUAAAAUCGUGGGCUUUUCAUAGUACAUAUGUGUUCCUGUGGAUUUCCUGUGGAAAAUGUUUUCUGUUCUUAAUGUGCGGGGAGACUGAUUUAAAAGAUGUCUUACCACAUUCCUGCCUUUCGUUAGAGAUUUGUGCUCACCAACAACACAAUAUGUUCCUUUGUUUAAGACGGAAUUUAAUGAGAAAAUUUAGGUCUGACUUAAGAAUUUUUAAAACUUUAUAUUAAUGGAAAAUUCUUCCUAGAAUUUUCUUUUUAAAUUCUGGUGGAAUAAACAUGUUUUAAAAGCUUUCCCACUGUCGGAGCCAAGCAGAGCCCUGUGUUCAGAGCUGGAGGCUCUACAUCCAUCUGACCCCCGGCUGUGGAUCAAUUUGGGGCACCUGCAAGCUUCGGGGUGGUCAUGGUGAACGAAGCUCCCACGCCCACACUAUUAGGGGGCAAGUUCUUCUGAUCUCCUGCAGCAGGGAGCCCAUUCUGGUAGGAAAUGCCUUCAUGAGCUCACUGGCCACUCUCCCUGGCCUGGGCCAUCGCUGUCCUGCAAGUUGGCUCUGAAGCCAGAGAACGAGGGCCAGCCCUUCAUCAGGCAGAAUUGGGCAGACUGGAACAGAGAGGACAGUGCGCCACCCUGAGCCCUUGUCCUUGGGAAGCCCCCAAACAGGAGCCUUGGUCCUGACAGGGAAACUGGUCCUAACGAAUCGGGCCAGCCUGCUCACCCGCCUGCUCUGCAGAGCCAGCCACCCUCCCGCACGCUCUUCUGAGUGCGGAGCUGGGUCAGCCGGUUUGAAGCCACUAGAGUUACUUUCUCCCGGAGGACCCUGGCCCGAGGAGGGCAAGUGCUGGGGUGAUGGAAAAGGGGAAUUGCCAGCCCGGGAACAUGUUUUCAGUGUGUCCUGAAGAGGGAGGGGGGCGGACGCCAACCUGCAGCAGACCUCCAGCCCUGGUGCAUUCCUGCAAAUACCUGGGACUGUUGUCUUGACGGUGGGAAGUGUGGGUGUUAAUGUUUGGGGAAGUGGAAGUGAAUUCUUCAUUUACCCCGUGUGGCCCCCCGAGGAUGAGAAGUAUGUGGGUGGUGUUUUGAAUGCUUUUGCCUGUCUGGCCGCAUACGUUCUAAUUUAGAGUUGUAGUUGGAAUUUUAGCCAAGGAUGGCAAACCUGGACUGCCAGGACUGAGGUGCUGAUGCAGGGCCCGGCGGAUGCUGACCUGUCCUUCCUGGAAAGGAGCUCAGAUUCGGGCGGUGUCUUGGGGGGUGAUGCAAUCUCAGAACAAAGCACGUCACCCCUCAGUCCCAGCUGUGAGGGAGGAAUGGUCUCUGUGGGUUCAUCAGCCCUGUGGUCUCCCAGGCCUGCGUCCUCUGGGUGUGUUUAUAACAUAAAUUCCCUGUUGGCAUGUAGAGGCGUGUCUGUCUGUGCUGGUCCUAUUGACUUAUGAUUAUCCACAAAUAAAUAUUUUCAUGGC